AUCCCAUACUUUCACACAGCAUUCCUUUUCGCACAAUCACCCCACCCACAUGGCCGCACAUUGCCUCUCUCCAUUCUCUCCAUUCUCCCCUUUAUCCUUCGUUUCUCUGCGGCGGCCACUACUCCGGCAGCACCAUCGAUGAGCCUCUCGCCUCUGUUUGAGUCACACGAACUUCUCAUCACCGCAUUUUUCAUUGACUUUUUGAGCCUCCCAGACUCGCCGCUGCCGCCGUUAAUAUCUGCCUCUCAUACAUUACCUUCCUUGCUCCACUAUGCUUCCGGCCGCUCCACCCUUCUGCUGCCGAUCUGCUGAACGCAGUUGUUAGACCCGGUGUUAGUUUGGCCUGAUGACGUGAAGGUUUCAUCGGGUUUAUUUAAGUAGAGCUAGCGCCGGGCAUCACAGACAACUGAACAAACGUGGAAGCGAACAAGAGAAAGAGAGACACGAAUUCCAAAGAAGAAUGGAGGUGACGGAGAACGGUGUUGGAGCCAUAGAUGGACCGACGAAUCCCAUGGUCACUCCUCUGCUCACGGAUCUUUAUCAAUUCACCAUGGCCUACGCUUACUGGAAAGCUGGCAAGCAUCAAGAACGUGCUGUGUUUGAUUUAUAUUUUCGGAAGAAUCCAUUUGGUGGAGAGUAUACUGUCUUUGCUGGUUUGGAGGAAUGCAUCAGGUUCAUUGCUAAUUUCAGACUCACAGAGGAUGAGAUCAAUUUUAUCAGGGAAAGUUUACCUGGUUCGUGUGAGGAUGGAUUCUUUGAUUAUCUCAGAGGAAUUGACUGUUGUGAUGUUGAGUUGUAUGCUAUUCCUGAGGGAUCUGUUGUUUUUCCUAAGAUACCCCUGUUGCGAGUUGAAGGUCCAAUUGCCGUGGUUCAAUUGCUAGAAACACCAUUUGUGAAUCUUAUUAAUUAUGCCUCAUUAGUUUCUACAAAUGCUGCAAGACACCGUAAUGUUGCUGGAAAAUCCAAAAUUCUACUUGAAUUUGGACUACGAAGGGCUCAGGGUCCUGAUGGGGGACUAAGUGCAUCAAAGUACUGCUAUAUCGGUGGGUUUGAUGCAACCAGCAAUGUUGCAGCUGGAAAGUUAUUUGGGAUACCCCUACGUGGUACUCAUUCCCAUGCCUUUGUUAGCUCAUAUAUGAGCCUUGAUGAGAUUAUAGACAAGUCACUUAGUAGGAAAGAUGGUUCAAGUACUUGUGAAAAUUUCGUUAGUCUUGUUCAAACAUGGCUGAACAAAAUACAGUGGUCAAGUUCAUUGCGUGGCAUUUUUGGUGAGACCAAUCAAAGCGAGUUGGCAGCAUUCACAUCAUAUGCACUGGCAUUUCCAGAUAGCUUUCUUGCCCUUGUGGAUACAUACGAUGUCAUGAGAAGUGGAAUUCCUAAUUUUUGUGCAGUAGCUUUAGCUCUCCAGGAUUUAGGAUACAAAGCUGUAGGCAUUAGAUUGGACUCUGGUGACCUUGCAUAUUUGUCUUGUGAGGCAAGGAAGUUCUUUUGUUCCAUUGAGAAGGAAUUUGCAGUGCCUGAAUUUGGGAAGAUGGCUAUCACUGCUAGUAAUGACCUCAAUGAGGAAACUAUAGAUGCUUUAAACAAACAGGGUCAUGAGGUUGAUGCCUUUGGAAUUGGUACAUACCUGGUCACAUGUUAUGCUCAAGCUGCUUUAGGUGUAGUUUUCAAGUUGGUUGACAUAAAUAAUCAGCCUCGUAUCAAACUUUCUGAAGAUGUGUCGAAGGUCUCUAUUCCAUGUAAGAAGCGAAGCUAUAGGUUGUAUGGUAAAGAAGGUUAUCCCCUGGUAGACAUCAUGACUGGGGAAAAUGAACCAUCUCCUAAGGUGGGAGAAAGGAUCCUGUGCCGUCAUCCCUUCCAAGAAUCCAAGAGGGCAUAUGUGGUGCCACAGCAAGUUGAGGAGCUUCUAAGGUGCUACUGGCCUGGUAAUUCAGAUAAAAGACGGGAAACUUUGCCAACUCUAAGGGACAUUAGGGAGCGAUGCAUCCAGCAACUUGAACAAAUGCGACCUGAUCACAUGAGGAGGCUUAAUCCUACUCCAUACAAGGUUAGUGUAAGCGCAAAGUUAUAUGACUUCAUUCAUUUCUUGUGGCUCAAUGAGGCACCGGUUGGGGAGUUGCAGUAAUAAUAAAGAAAAUAAAGUAGCAUAUUAUGAGAACCUAAUAAUUUGGGCAAAGAGGAUUUCUGUAAAAAAAAAAAAAAAAAAAAAAAUCCUGUCAUCCAGUAUAGCAUAGAUUCAGUGUGUUUUUAACUGUAUUUUAAAUUGUAAAGGAGUAAUAAUUUUUUUUCCAUCCCUAAUAAUCUAUCUUUGCCCUUGACCGCAAUGUUAAUUCAUUACUUAAAGUUACAUUGUUGGCAUUUUUCUGUUGAAAUAUAAAAAGUACAGUGCGGAGAGCGUGUUAUUUA